AAAUCCCGUAACUAGCUUUCAGUUUUAGCAAAUCUACUUCCCAUUUCAUUUUUCUUCCGACUGCAGGUAGGCUGAAAACUGUCAGCACUAACUUGUGCUGCCAACAUGUUCAAGGAAUACAAUGCGAUUGUAGCUUUGCCUAUUAUUUUACUGUUUCUUUACGGGACGCCUCGGUGUUGCCAUGGAACAGAAGCAAAUGAGCCAGAAUCUCACGAAGACCCCCACAGAAAUCCGUCAUUAUGUGAAGUUUGCAAGUACUUGGCAACUGAGUUAAGAGGUAGAUUAGAUGAGACUGGAAAGACCAACGAAGUAAUUGAAACAGGUUAUGGCCUAGAUGUAAAAAAGAAAAAGAAACAGUACAGAAAAUCUGAACUACGUCUGAUUGAAGCUGUUAAUGACCCUCAUGUUUGUGAAAAAAUAUUAGAAUAUAAUGUGCAUGCAGAGAGAAAAGGCAGCCUUCGAUUUGCUAAAGGCAGAAGUCAGACCAUGACAGCUCUGCACAACUUGAAGGAUAAAGGUGUUAAAGUUGAACUGGGAAUACCAUAUGAGCUGUGGGAUACACCAUCUGCUGGGGUGACAGAGAUGCAGAGAAAGUGCUUUCAAAUAGUUGAAGAUUUUGAAGAGACAAUAGAAGACUGGUAUUGGAACCAUCAAGAUAAAGAUCUUACAAAAUUUCUUUGUAAGGAUAAAGUUCUUAAAAAGGAUGAUCUAGAAUGCUUAAAAGAGGAGUGGAAAGGAGAAGUUAAAAAAAAGACUAAACCUAAAGAUAAGAAUAAGCAAAAGGGAGAUGUUGGUGAACAGCCUAUGGCAGACUCUGGUGAACAUCAGGUUUCAGAAACUGGAGAACAGCAAAUGUCAGAAACCAAUGAACAGCAAAUAUCAGAAACCAAUGAACAGCAUAUACCAGAAACUGGUGAACGGAAGAUGCCAACAGUUGAAAAAACUGAACUUUAACCAGGGUUGUAACAGUAUUAUUUCAAUACUUCAUUAUGGUUACAAAAUCAAUGUUAAGGGAAAUUCCAUAUCUCACUCAUCCACUUGUAUUGAUUAAAAAUGAACAGAUUUUGUACAUUUUAUCAUGAACCAUAAUCACUGGCAUAGGCAUGGACCCCUAAAUAAUUGGUCUCUUACAUUAACUUAUAGUUGUUGUCACAUGUGUUGCUUUCAAUGCUCUCAGUUUCAACAUUUUGCAUACCAUAAAUCCACAAUUUUACAUUGUAAUAAUUGUUCAGGAGUUUUAAAAAAAAACAACUGGUGAAUAGCUCCCAUGGGUGUUUUCUUUGCAGAUUUUAAACCCCAUAACCUAAAUCUUACCUAUGCCAUUGACCAAAGAAACUUUUUAUGCAUUUUUGUCAAAAAUUCAAAAUAAUACUUAAAUCAUCUGGUAUGUAUAUUAUUAAUCUUGUGUGGAAUUUUAGUUCUGCAGAACAUAAUUCAAAAGUACUUUGACAAUAAUUCAGACUGAAAAUAUAUCAAUAGUUAUGUUUUUUUUUCAAAUCAUGUGCUCUUAAUUAAUAUGAAUUGAUUGUUUUUUUUAUUGUCUGUGUUAUGUAAUCUGUAAUUGGCUUGGCUUCUCAUACUCCAGAAUUCUCUAAUCGUUGGUAUAAUGAGUGUACCAAUGCUCGUUGUAAUAAGUGCCUACAUAUGUAUUUUUAAGGCAGAUCUUGUAGCUAAUUUGAAUACAAAUCACUACUUUUGUUCAAAUUAAGGUGGGAAAGAUAGCCAGAACAGCAUUAAUUGAAUCUAUGUUAAAAUGGUGUGCCUGUUAAAAAUCUGAAAUGUGUUUCUAAAUGCUGGCACCUAAAUUUUGGUGAAAAUAAGGCAUAACUUUUAUUGUAUUUAUAUGUUUGUGAAAAUUGCUAGGCAAUGUGAUAUUAAGUGCAUACGUCUACAUUAUUGUGUGAAUCUUGAUGCUGAAGUUAUUUAUAAAGUUAUAUUUUUUGUUUUUCAUCAGAAUUGUAUUCUUACACUGCCAAUAAUAAUAGAAGUUGUAUUACAAUUUCAAUUGAUGAUAAUCAAAAAUGUUUUGAAUUCCUUCCAUAAACUGAAGUAUUUUGUUGUCUUAUUUUUAUGUUGGCUUUGACAAUCCUUCUUGAUCUCUCAGCUUUUCAAAUUACAUUGAGUAUUUUUGUAA